CAGACCUUUGAAUUGUAUUCUUGCUUCUGCUCAGCGUGAAAGAAACAUGGCAUCUGCAGGUCUCCAGAUUUUGGCUGUCUUUCUGGCAACCAUCGGCUUUCUUGGAGAUAUCAUCAUCUGUGCCUUGCCCAUGUGGAAGGUAUCCGCUUUCAUCGGUAACAACAUAGUGACGGCGCAGACCUUUUGGGAGGGCCUGUGGAUGAACUGUGUGAUGCAGAGCACCGGGCAGAUGCAGUGCAAGGUCUACGACUCUCUACUGGCCCUCCCUAACGAUCUGCAGGCGGCCCGGGCCCUGGUUGUGGUCUCCAUCCUGGUCGUCUUAAUGGGAAUCCUGCUUUCUGUCGCCGGGGGAAAAUGCACCAACUGCAUUGAAGAUGAAGACGCCAAGAGCAGGGUAGCCAUCGCUGCUGGGGUGUUCUUCAUCGUUGGUGGAAUCCUGUGCCUGGUCCCUGUGUGCUGGUCUGCGCACGUGGUCAUCAGAAACUUCUACAACCCCAUUAUGGUGGACGCACAGAGGAGAGAGCUCGGAGCGGCGCUGUUCAUCGGUUGGGGAUCAGCAGGACUCCUGUUGAUUGGAGGGGCACUCCUCUGCUGCCAGUGUCGGCAGCGUAAAGAUAGCAGAUACUCUGCCAAAUAUUCUGCCCCACGCUCAGCAGCCAGUGGAGGAGCCUAUGUUUAAAAUGGCUGCUUUCUUGACUUGGAAACGGGACUGAACUCUUCAAAGUAAUGUUUU